AUGGCAGGUAUUGUCCAUCGCUACCACCAUUUUGGUGGAAGAGGAUACCGUCAAAGGGUGUAUGUUGAGCGUGCACAACCACUGGAGCAGUACACCACUGAAGAACUACCUUGUCAGGCCAAAACUUCAACAGAGAACCCGAAGAAGUCACAGUCUGUCUGUGGAACUACUUUCUACCAAGUAGUUGGUGACAAUAUAGGAGUGGACAAAUCAACUGUGAGUGAUGUAGUGAAAGCUGUGUCAAUUGCUUUGGCCAGCCUGGUGAAUCAGUUUGUAUCAUUUCCAAAUGAUGUCCAGAUUGCCCAGACCAAGCACAAGUUUUUUACUCUGGGGAACAUGCCCAAUACUAUUGGGGUUAUUGACUGCACACAUGUGCAUAUCCAAGCACCUCAUGAAAGGGAUUGGGAGUACAUCAACCCAAAGGGCAGGCGCAGCAUCAACAUCCAACUUGUGGGUGAUGCUGACCUCAUCAUCACAAACUGUGUCGUGAAGUGGCCUGAGUCUGUUCAUGAUGCACGUAUCCUGAGAGAGAGUGCUUUAUACAGAGAGCUCCAAACCAACCGACCGGAUGGCAUAAUAUUAGGAGACAGAGCCUAUCCACUCCUACCAUGGCUGAUAACUCCUUUUCUUGCAGCAUCCACACCAGCGCAGGCACGCUUCAACACUGCUCAUUGCAAAACAAGAUGUGCAAUUGAGCGUUUAAACAGAGUUCUGAAGAGGCGCUUUGCAUGCCUUAACUACUUGCGAGUGGAACCACAGGGAGCAUGCAACAUAAUACUAGCAUGUAUCGUCCUGCACAACAUCGCUACCAGGCGCAAUGUCCCUCUCUGUGAUGUUUAUGAUGCACCUGAGCCAUUUGAAGAACCAGACCAACCUCUGGCAUUCUGUCAGAAUGAGGGACUGAGUGGACGUAUAGUAAGGGAUGCAAUUGUUAGACAUUAUUUUUGACAGGCUCAUCUCUAAUGAUUGUUUCUUUGAAAUUAAUAUACGGUGAUGAAUUGAAUAUAUUAUUUUUGUUUGUUAUUAAAAUCUGUUUCAGGGAUUAUUUCAUAUUUCAUUGUUUUUACUUUACUGAAUAGCUUAAUUGGUAGCCUAUGUCUACUAUACCUACUUUAUCACUGUUACAACCGUUACACAAG